UAAUGCACAUAUUCAAGCAUUUGAAGUUGUUUCAGCUGGUGGAAGAUACUGUGUAGCAGGACCUGUUGUACAUAUCUUAGAGUCUUUGAAGAUUAUACAACACCUGUACCCUUCUUUGACCAUUCCUGACAAGUAAGUUAUAAUUUUAAAGCUAUGCAUCACAAAUUCUCAAGCCAAAGUACUGUUUUAUAGAUGUGAAGAUAAUGAGCCUCUCAAGCCAAAGUACCAAGUUUCAAAUUUGAAAGCAAAAAGCUUGGGAAUUAACUUCAUUCCCUUGGAAGUGAGUCUGAGGGACACUGUAGAGAGCUUCAGGGAGAAGGGUCUUUUAAACAUCUAGUAUAGACCACUCACUGGCUAUACAUAGUAGAGUAUUUUGUACUGUACUGUUGUGCUGCUGGUUCUAAAGCCGUGAGCUUGUGUGCGGUCUAAAACUCAUCAAUGUUUGAGGUAAUAAUUAUCCAAGAACAACAUUCAAAAAUCCAAGAGAAAGAAAAAUAGAUUAUUCAUUACAAUACAUUAUUUAUUGUAAUGAAUAAUGUUACACCAAGGGAUAAUGGUGUAACAUUAUUCAUUACAAUACAAUAAUAUAUCAACUAAGCCUUAAGGAGUUAAAAUAAAAGAUUAAACCAGUCCUAUAAAAGGAAAAAAAAGAAAUAGCCUUAUAAGAAAAUGAUAUUUACUCUCAUAUGGUCAAUAUGGUCAAAGUGUGGGGUGGGUUUGGGUUGAGUUGGUGCCUUCCACCUUCUUGUUCUCGGUUGUUAUGUUGUGGUUUAGUGGGGGAUAAGCGUUUGAAUAAGUUGUGGAGGGCUAUGAUAUUGGCUUGUUUUUGGGCAAUUUGGUUAGAACGGAAUAGCAGAAUUUUUGAUAAAAGUCUAGCCUUUGCGAUUUCAUUUGGGAGAGGAUUAAGUUUUGAGUUUCCACUUGGGUGUAUCGCACAAAGGGUUUUGAGGGAUUAUCCUUCUUGGAUCUCUCUAGAGAGUGGAGAAGUUUUUUGUUUGUGUAGUUGGUGUUGUUUUGUGUUUGUUUUUAGUUUUUUGAUUGUACCAAGGUAUUUAUAUAUUUGAGUUGAGAGGGGGCCUGACCUAGUGUUUGGUCUCUUUCUCCCUUUUCAAAAAAAAAAAAAAAGGUCAAUGCAAUAAAUACCACGACUUUAAACCCUUUGUAUAGAAAAGAAACACAACUUUAUAUGCAAUUGGAUAAUCACUCAAUAAAAUAAAUUGGGAAGAAAGAGGCAUAACUUUAUCCCAAUAAAUUGAGAAGAAAAGGACAACAUUAUAUGCAAUUGGAUAAUCAAUCGAUGAAUAUGAAGUGAGAAUAAAAACACAAUGGUCCCCAUAUGUUGAACUACUAGCAUAAGUUUAUUUAUUUGAGAAAAAUUCCAUAAUUUAUUAGCUAAUAACUGACUGAUCUCGCUUAGAAUCGUAUUACUACCUAUCAAAUCUCUUAUAAAAACUGUCUCAAAAAAAAUGAUAAAUACAUUCUAACAUAUCAAUUAAUAGGCAGAUACAAGUCAUAUCAUAUUAAUUUCAGUUUCUGUAAGUGAAAGUAAACGCAAACCAUUAUCACUUUAUCCUAAACUAAACUAUUAUUUUAUUAUAUGUAUUUUUUGUUUUUUGUUUUUGUAAAAAUAAGAAGCUUCUUACAUAGACAAGAGAUCAAAUUUUACCUCAGAGUGUCCGAAUACAAUUAUGAAUAUUAUACAAUAAAAUCACAACAAAACAAUAAUAAUAAAAAAGCUUAGUGCAGAAAACUUCCCCAGUCUCUGCUGAGAUCUAGGAAGGAUGGUCCCUCAAAUUGUUUUUCCUUGUAGACCCAAGUCGUAACCAAGAAUUUGGCCUUCUCCCACAGAACAACUCCCUUAUAAUACUUGUUCUCUCUACAAGAACAUUUUAUAGAAAUCGAACUGGUUAGAACUUAGUGAGUUUGUUAGCUUUGGGAUUUGAAAAUAUAGAGAGAAUGAGUGGAGAAGGAAAGGUGGUGUGUGUGACUGGAGCUUCAGGCUACAUAGCUUCAUGGCUUGUCAAGUUCUUACUUCAGCGUGGUUACACUGUCAAAGCUUCUGUUCGUGACCCAAAUGAUCAAAGAAAAACAAAACACUUGCUAGCACUAGAUGGAGCUAAGGAAAGGCUUUACUUGUUCAAAGCAAAUUUAAUGGAAGAAGGCUCUUUUGAUUCUGCUAUCAGUGGAUGUGAUGGGGUUUUUCACACAGCUUCUCCUGUGAUUCAAUCAGCCACUGAUCCACAGGCCGAAAUAAUAGAGCCAGCAGUGAAGGGAACACUGAAUGUUCUGAGGUCAUGUGCAAAAGUGUCAUCUGUAAAGAAAGUGAUUAUAACAUCUUCCAUGGCUGCAGUUUUAAUCAAUGGCAAACCUCUAACCCCUGAUGUAGUAGUUGAUGAGACAUGGUUUUCUGAUCCCGUUCUUUGUGAGCGUUUAAAGAUCUGGUAUGCAGCUUCAAAAGCUAGAGCUGAGAAAGCUGCUUGGGAUUUUGCAAAAGAGAAUGGAGUUGAUUUAAUAACCAUUCAUCCAGGAGUAACACUUGGUCCUCUCUUACAACCUACUAUAAAUGACAGUGUCAGUCUCAUUAUGAAUCUAACAAAUGGGCCUCAAACAUUUCCCAAUAGAGUUUAUUCAUACCAUGAUGUUAGAGAUGUAGCUAGUGCACAUAUUCAAGCAUUUGAAGCUGGUUCAACUAGUGGAAGAUAUUUUCUAAGUGGGUAUAUUGCACACAUUUCUGAGCUUUUAAAGAUUUUACAACAGCUCUAUCCUUCUAUCACCAUUCCUCAAAGAUGUGAAAAUGAUGAGCCUUUCAUGCAAAAGUACCAAGUAUCAGAUUUGAAAGAAAAAAGUUUGGGAAUCUUACAUUCCAUACCCUUGGAAGUGAGUUUAAGGGACACUGUUGAAAGCCUCAAAGAAAAGGGUCUCUUUAGUGUCUAAUCACAUAGGCCAUUCACAACUAUACUAAACAAGACAAUCUUACUAUAAAGUUGUAUUUUUGUAUUGGUUGGUUCUAAACCUGUAUGUGAUUCAAUGCUUCAAUUCAAAAAUCUUAUUAUUUACUACCCA